AGGUAAUACCUUCUAUCGCUAAUAGCACGUACAGAAUAAUCUCGUUGGUUCGAGAUUAUUAUUAUUAUUCUGUUCAUUAAUGCAGAAUUAUCAAUAAAUUUGGUAUAAAUGUAAAAGGCAAAUUUAACUGACUAAAAUGAAUAUUGGAAAAAAUCAUUUUUAUAUGGUUUUAUUUCUAUUAUUCACAUUAUGUAGGACAGUUUGUUGCAUUGGGAAAUAGUUCUGAUAACCUUUAGGUUAAACGACAUGAGUGUAUUAAAAAAUAGCAGUAGCGGUAAUCAGAAGUCAAUUAAUACAAAAUGAAGAUUUAUUUUUCUAUUCUAGUAACUAUUUGUGUAACUAUUUCAGCUAAUCCUAUCACAAUUAGUAUAGAUAAUCCAAGCACACACACUAAGGUCACAACAGAAAAUAUAACAUCGCCAAAAAUUGAUGUGAAAAUAUUAGACAAACCCCAUCAUCUUUUCAUUGGACGAUGUAACCCCAAAGAUGAGGUUUUUCACAACGAAAACAUUAUUCUUACAAACGAUGGCAAGAGUCACGUGUCUGCUAAAAUUCGGAUGAACAUAGAUGGUCCUGUAUACAUUAGUUGUGUUAAUAUUUAUGAUGAAAUCCCGGAUGGUAAGGGUGGCUAUCCAAGUUUUGUAGCGGGAGGAGUAGGGUACAAUUUCAUAGAAUUUAAAGUUCUAACGGACUAUGGUAAAAGUUUCCACUUCUUUGUCAAGAUUCAAGGAUACACUAAAAACAUCGAUGUAAAAUAAUUCAUGUAUCGGUUUAAACAAAUUGUUUGUAUAUGACACACAUAGCUCACAAUUAUUAAAUAAAGAUAUUGGA